AUGCAUUUAAAUAGUGUUAGAGAUCUCAAGCUGGCCACCGUGGAGAAACUUAUUUUAGGCUCCCCUGUUCUGGAAGAUUUUAAAACUGUCGGAACCUUCGAUCAUAGUAAAAAGUUUUUACGCGUGUGCUCAGAGACGCUAAAGAGAAUCCACAUAAAUGGGUAUACUCAUGUUGUGAUUGAUGCUCCCUUACUCCAGUGUUUGAGGGUUAUGGUUUAUCUACCAAAGGACUUAAAGAUCAUCAAUUUGGGUUCCUCUACCAAACUAGAUAUUAAUAUUCAUUAUGGUAAUAACGUAUACGAUAGAAGCUUCAUUUGCGAUUUCCUCACCAUUGUUUCAAGGUUCAGGGACGUAGUAAUUAGUGACGUUGAUUGGAAGGGUCUCAUUCGAUACUCGGAACCGGGGCCAUUGCUUCAGCUUCAAAACAUAUUCCGUUUGAAUGUUAAGUUCUCUAACUACGAUCUUGAAAUGUUGCCAACCAUUCUUGAGAGCUGUCCAAAACUAGAAUCUCUCAUAUUGGAAUUGGUGGGUCAUAACAAGAACACAGAACUCAAGGUGGCGUUUCCAAGAGUGCCUGCGUGUUUGGGAUCAUCGCUCAAGUUUGUGGACUUCAAACGUUCGAGCAAAGGGUUUGAAGGAGAAAUGGAGCUAGUAAGAUACUUCCUGAAGAAUUCCGCAAUCCUGGAUAUGUUAAGGCUUGAUUUAUAUCAUACCAAAAAGGCAAAGUGUGCCUUCUUUCAAGAACUCGUUGCAAUGCCAAGAUGCUCUAGCGCUUGCAAAGUCAUUGUUCUUUAA